CACUCUCUCUCUGCAACUUGCAACAACAGAAAAAGAAAUGCUUCCACAUCAAAACUUCUCCUACGGGCUUCAGUCCAUUUGGAAUGAAGAAAGUCUGGUUCAAAAACAAGACUCGACGAAGAGGAUGGGAAUGGACAGAGAUUCAAUUUCAAGGGCCCAAAAGCAGAAAUCAGAAGCAGCAGCAGCAAAGAAGCACGCCAAAGCAGAGCAGCUGCGAAGGAAGCGAAUCAACACCCAUAUCCAUACACUCAAAAAACUCCUCCUGCCAAACGUGACCUCCAAAAAGGUGAAGGCGUCCAUACUGACGGAGACGAUCUGUCAACUGAAGGAAUUACAUAAGAGGGCGGCUGACGUUGCGCUGCAACAGUACGGACACGCCGACGUGUCGGGAUGUUUCACGUUUCCCGACGGGAGCGAUGAGGCGACUGUGAGUCGCUGCGAAGGAGGCGAGGGCAAAACGGUAAAAGCAACGGUCUGCUGCGAGGACAGGCCAGGUCUGAACCGGGACCUGACGGAGGCAUUCCGGUCCGUUGGAGGGAAGCCGGUUGGGGCGGAGAUGGCGACGAUCGGUGGCCGUACGAAGGCUGUGGUAGUGGUGCAGUGGGCUGAGGGCGGUGGAGAGGAGGAGGAGAUUGGGUUGUUGACGAGGGAUUUGAAGGCGUUGGUGGAGAGCGGGCCUUUGGGCUUUUAUCGUUUGGGCCAGAUAGGGAGAGUUAAUGGCCGUACUGGAUUGGGCCUUGAGAUGUCGAGGAAUAACCGGGCUUGGAUGUAUGGUUCGUUUGGGCGUACUGUUUGAUUGGUUGAAAAGGAAAUAGAGAAAAUGACGAUAAAUGACAUGUUUUGAUAAUUAAUAUUUUCCAAGAACAUUUUCAAUAUUAACAAAUGUUUUU